AUGGCUGACAAAACUGAAUCCGAAUACUUGGAGGUCUCCCCGGAUACGGAGCACCACGCUGCCAUGUCGGACAACAAGGUCCCUCUGAUCAACAAAGCCGAGGCCGACGAUGCCCUCCAGAUGGCGCUCGAUAGCCAGGGAGAUACCUGGACGGAGGAAGAGGAGGCGCGUGUUUUGCGGAAGAUUGAUUUCAUUAUGGUGCCGAUGCUCUUCAUCGGCUCACUCAUCGGCUACGCAGAUGGUCAGGCAUACGGCUUCGCAGCGCUGUUCGGCCUAGCGGAGGAUAUGAAGCUGUUUGCGUUUAAGCUUGUUGAAGGCGGGAUUGAGAUUGAUACAAGCAAGUAUCAGCUUACGGCAGGGAUCACGUCAUUGGGGGGUGCUGCUGGCCAAUACCUCCUUCUCUUCCCAGCGCAGCUUCUCCCCGCUGGAAGGGUCUAUGGUGUUAUCGUGGUGUAUAUUGGUGUUUUGGCGAUUCUGACUAUUGUCUGUGAGAACUUUAGCCAGAUUAUGGCCCUUAGGUUCUUCUACGGCUUCAGCCAGAUUGUUCAGCCACUUGCCAUAAUCAUCACAGUAAUGUGGUGGAAAACAACCGAACAACCCCUCCGAAUCGGAAUAAUAAUAGCCGGCAACGCCCUGGGCUCCCUCGUGGGCACAGGAAUAAACUUCGGCGCGCUCAAGCUCGCGGGAAUCUACGCCGAAAGCCGUUGGAAAUGGAUCUACGUGAUCCUAGGAUCGUGCGCGCUCUUCGUCGGCGUCGUCGCAUUCCUCGUGAUCCCCGCAACGCCCAUGAAAGCGUGGUUCCUCACGCCUAGGGAACGCCAGAUUGCGGUCUGUAGGCUUAUGGGGAAUAAGACGGGGAUUCAUACAAGGAAGGUCAAGUGGAGGCAGGGGCUGGGUGCGUUUAGGGAUCCGCAGGUUUGGUUGCUGUGUGUUUUUUCGUUUUCGUUUGCCUUUUCAAAUGUGGCUGUUGGGAGUUUCGGUGGCUACCUCUUGACGUCCUUUGGCUACUCGCAGUCUCGCGCGCUGGUCCUCUCGCUUCCUGCUUCUGCUGUGGCAGUUGUAUCGAUAACUCUGGCUGGCAUCCUAGGAACCCGCUUCCCGCAACGCCGGAUCCCCCUCGCCAUCGCAUUCAUCCUGCCCUCCCUAAUGGGCAACCUCAUCUUAUGGAAGAUGCCCCGCGAUAACCGCUCCGGGUUGCUCGCUGGAAUGUACCUGAGCACAACAUUUUACGGCUCCCUCGUGCAACACUACUCCCUCCUAGCAGCCAACAUCGCCGGCCACAGCAAGAAGACUGUCGUCAUGGGCACCAUCACCAUGAUGUCCGCGCUGGGCGGGUUCAGCGGGCCCUGGGCGUAUAAAGGCGAUCAGGCGGAGAGGGGGUACCCCGAUGGACAGAUUGCGACGCUCUCGCUUUUUGCUGUCAGUGUCGGGAGUUAUCUUUGUCUUUGGUUCUACUACGGCUGGCAGAACGCGAAACGGGAUGAGAUUAUGGGUGGCGAGGGUAUUGUCAAUGGGGAUGAUCCCCUCCUGGCGUUUUUAGAUACGACGGAUCGGGAUAAUAUUGCUUUUCGGUAUGUGCGGUGAUCUGGGUUAGAUUUGAGAGGUGAGGAGGGGAGCUUCGGGUAGGGCUACAUAUCUGCAGUCGAGUCUUGGGCACUUUAUCAGGAUGAAACGGGGAAUCUAUUUCUUGAUACAUGGCCUUAACUCAACGGGUGGACCCUGGUAAUCAAGAUAAUUGAAUAUGGAAGACAUCGCUCGAGUAAAAAGGGG